GUUGAUGUUAUGGUCCAACGAUUACGCGAGGAAGAAUCGCUGUUAAACGACGUGCCGGUGGUUGGUUGGGACCAUUGGGACAUCGAGUUUACGUUGACGGGAAAUUAACAGCGACUGUCAAAAUGGGUUCGAAGAUCGAGUACGUCGAGUCCUCGCACAUGUAUGCGACUAAUUACAUCCGCAAUUCCAAGGCGAUUGGCGUGCUAUGGGGUAUCUUUACCAUAUGCUAUGCUAUUAUCGGCGUGGUUGCGUUCGUCACCCCGGAAUGGCUCGGCGAUCUGGAGCACGAGAAUCCCGGGAGAUUCGGUCUGUGGACCAGGUGUAGCUAUGGUGGGAACGGUGAGUUAGGCGAGGAAUGUAUCGGCCGGCUGGACGACCUAUCGACGAUCGCCAACGUUCCUUUCCGAGCCAGCACGAUUCUAGUCGGCAUCGCGGUGAUAAUCGCGCUACUGGCGAUCUGCGCAAUGCUCAUGUUCUUCUUUUGUCAAAGCACUACCGUGUUCUACAUGUGCGCUUGGAUGCAAGUGGUGUCAGCAAUCUGCAUGGCAAUUGGAGUGUGCAUCUAUCCUCUUGGCUGGGAUUCGCCGGUGAUUCGCGCCGUAUGCGGUGCAGCUGCUUCCAGAUACAAUCCUGGUGCCUGCGCUGUGAGAUGGGCAAUACCACUCGCUGCAAUCGCGGCUCUGGAUGCAGCUACUUUGUCUGCUCUUGCUUUCAUUUUGGCCUCUAGACACGUGAGGCUACAACCAGAACCUUUCAAUAAUGGAUCUUUGUACAAAGGUGAAGUAAAUCCGGGCUAUGUGAAUGAAGCUCAAAGUGUAGCUGGCUCUCGCAAGUCUCUGUCCUUGAGACCUGUUCUUCUAGUGGCCCCACCUGAACAGGACCGCUACAGCGAGCUCUCUAGAGCAAAAUCACACUCGCAUCACAGUCUCUACACACCAGCGCCGUCGCAUCCAGCGCACACCAUGUCUACGAAUACUCUCAAUCAUUCGCAGCACAACUUUCAACUCUAAAACGACUGAUUGCUGCGAAUACAAAGGAUUAAAUGGACCUGUAUAUAGCUGAUGAGAUUGGAGGAAAAGCUAUAUUGUACAUAAGAUGAAACGGAGCGUGAAACUUUGAUAGAAUGUACGCAAUUUGAAUUGCAAUUGCUUAAGAUAUAGCUUUCGCGAUGUUAAGUUUCUAAGAAUGGAAUUUUUGUUAAUGAUGAUAAAGCUAUAUGUAUAAAACAAAUACGACUGUUUCAUUUAAUGACUGAAUAUUAUUAUUUGUUGU